AGCGGUUCUGGGCUCUGAGGGGACGGGAGCGGCAGAGCCGGGGCGUUCCGGGCGGUUCCCUGGCGUGGAGUCCCUGUGGGCUUCGUGAGGGGGCAGGAGCGGCCUGGGCAGGGCUGGGCAGGCGGGUCCGUGCCAGCCCUGGGGCUGCCCCUGCGCUGGGGUCGGUGUGAGGAGACGCGGAUCUUGGCUCCGUGUUCCUGAAGGCUGAUUUGUUAUGCUGUGAUAUAUAUUACGUUAAAAUGAUACAUUAUAUUAAAAAAAAAUAGAGAGGAAAGGGUUCGUCAGAAGGCUGGGAAGAACGGGAAUGGAAUGGAAUGGAAUGGAAUGGAAUGGAAUGGAAUGGAAUUACAAAGAUGAAGCUCCUGCUGCUUGCCGUGUUUGCCCUGGUGCCUGUGGCUCUCUGUGAGGAUGGUGCCAGGCUGCUGGCCUCCAAAUCCCUGUUGAACAGAUAUGCAGUGGAGGGCAAGGACUUGACUUUGCAGUACUCAAUAUCCAGCCUGAAUCUGGACUGGGCGGCAUUUGGUGUGAUGACCUUGCCCUCCAUCGGGAUCCCCCUGCUGCUCUGGUACUCGAGCAAGAGAAAGUAUGACACCCCCAAGAGCAAAAAGAACUGAGCAGAGUCCGAUGCCAGCGGCAGCCCAGAGCUCGGGAAAGGACACCUCUGGAGCCCCAAGAACAGCAGCAGGGUCGGGAUGGCACCGUGCCCUUUGAGGUGCUGCUUGUGCCAUGCUUCAGCCCCCUGGGCAAAGGAUUCUGUGGCUGCAGCAGCAGCUGUGAGGUGUCCUCUGUGUUCUAACGGAGAAACAAACAGAAAAAACAACAACCAGAAGUCCCAAACUCCUUGUCCAGCUCCUUUGGAGGCAGAAUCCCUCUCUCCUCUGCAGCUGGUUACUGCCCAGGGGGGCUGUCUGGGGCUCUGGCCCCUGGGCUGCUCCAGCUCUCAUCUGCCUGCUCCUGCUGCAGUUUUCUGCAGGGUAUUGUGAAAAACAUGGUCACUCCCCUGUGAAAAUACAAAAAGUUUAAUAAAGGACAAUAGCAGACAAGGA